AACCGUUCUAUCGAAUUGCGUUAAUUGUUAUUUGAAACUAACUAAUCAUGUAAUUAGGUUCGUGAAGCAAAAUAAUCAUUAACUCUAAUUGAAGAAAAUGUUUGUGUAACGUGAUUUUGAAAACCUUGUGAACUGUGGUGGAUUCAUAGAUAUCAUUGAAAUACAUGGUUAUUAGUGUGUUAUAAUAGUAUGGUUCAAAAGUGAUGUUGCCUCUUUAAUACGUCUAAUUGAUUAGCGUUACAGUAACGUUUAUCGUUUAAAGCAAAAUGACAGUAGAAGUGGAAUACAUGAUUCAAAAUGAUAAUCUUACAGACGAAUUUUAUUCAAAUUUGAUUGAUCCUGAUCGGUUAAUGGAAACAUGGAUUCUGUUCAGCACUCCUGUUCUUAUCAUCACUCUCAUUUCCUAUUUUUUAUUUGUAUUUAAGUUAGGGCCAAUGUACAUGGAAAAGAGAAGCCCAUACAAGCUAAAGACUGUGAUGCGAUUGUACAAUGUCGUUCAAAUAAUUUAUAACUCAACUAUAGUUUACAACUUUUUAGUGCCUCAAGUGGGGGUUAUGCCUCUGCCAUUCCUGACACGAAUAAGCUGUUCAGUGCCAAAGCCCUUCGAAGGCCUAGACUACCUCAAGAGUUUGUACAUAUACGGAGCAUGGCACUUUCAAAUGUUGAAGAACCUGGAUUUACUUGAUACGGUAUUCAUGGUGUUGCGAAAGAAGAAUUCACAUAUAACAUUCCUCCACGUGUAUCACCACGCAGCCAUGGUGUUCUUCCCUUGGUUCUCACUGAGGUUCAUUAAAGCAUCCCAGGGAUCCAUUCCAGUAUUUAUAAAUUUGAUUGUGCAUGCAAUCAUGUACAGUUACUACUUUUUGACAACAUUCAAAGCCUUCAAGAAAUAUCUGUGGUGGAAACAUCACCUAACCAAACUGCAGUUGUUCCAGUUCGUAGUCAUCCUGGCCUACAUCAGUAUUCUGUACUACAAACAGUGUCCUAUCUCUCGCUCCUUCACCUACAUAUGGCUGGCCAACGUGUUUUUUAUUCUCUGUCUGUUUCUUAACUUUUACAUAAAGUCGUACAUCGUAAAAGGAUCUGAUGUGAAAAAUAAAGAUAAGGUGACCUGAU